CCGCAUCCCGUUCUCCUGCUCCCGUCCGUCGCCUUCCACUUGCGCCGCCACCAUUUCAAACGGAUCCGCCAUGCCGCCCUUCCGGCUCUGGGAGGAGCUGCCGCCGGAGCUCGUCUGCCGCAUCGGCGACAUCCUCGACCUCAAGGGCUACGCCAGCGCGCGGGGGGCCUGCACGGCGUGGCGAUGCGCGCUCCCGCAGCCGUUCCCGCUGCUCCUCGUCGUCCCCGACCACGACCGGUGCCGCCCGUCCGCCGCGCGCCUCGGUCCCCCCACGCGCCGCUCCUUCGAGCUCAAGGCGGUCCCUUUCGGGGCACAUUGCGUAGGCUCCAGCUACGGUUGGCUCGCCCUCUCCUUCUGCAUCUACGGCGGCCGGAGCCUGUUCAGCCUCUUCAACCCUAUCACCGCCGCCGAGAUCCUCCUGCCGCCACUGAUAUACAGCAGCAGGUGGGUAUCAAAGUCCAAGCUCGUCUUCGCGCGCAACCCCGCCAGAGACGACUUCACCGCCGUCGCCAUCUGCGACCUCGACAGGCUCGCCUACGUCACCGCUGGGGCCAGGAGGUGGGCAAUCCUCGACCCCGUCCGCCUCCCCCACGGAGACCAGCUCGCUGACAUCGUCUACCAUGAUGAAAAGAACAGAGUCUACUGCCUCACAAGCUAUGGAGACGUCCACGUGCUGCUCCUACCUGAGCGCCGCCGCAGGGCCGACAACCCAUCAUCGCUGCCGGCGAUACGACCUUCACUCUCGGGUCCGGCGAACCAUGCUGAAUUUGCUAGGUGGCCGAUGAAACAACAGCAUGAUUUCAUUCGUAGGAGAUCUUUGGGGCCAGACCUGAAUGCGGCGGCCAAGGUCCAGGCCCUGCCGUUUGGUCCUGCAACCAGUUUCGCCCCGCCAUACAACACGGUCUCUGCUUUCGCUGGUGCCAAGAAUCUGGUGUUCUGCGAGGGUAACUUGUACCAGAUAUGGAGGAACUCGAGCUGCACGGUUAAUGUGCGGCUGCCAGAAGGCGGCCGUCGUCGUGUAGCAGAGAAUGAAGUGUUUGUUUUUAGGUGUUUUCCGCAGCGCCAACCAUGCUGGGACGCUGUGACCGACUUGGGGGGCUACUCGGUGUUUCUCGGGAGGAACAACGCGGUGUCCAUGCCCCCUGCUGAAGGUCUUCCGGGGUUCAAGGGUAACUGUGUCUACUGGAUCGGCGGGAGGGGUAGGGAUCAGGGCAUGGUCUUUGACAUGGCAACCGGGAGGUCUACACCUUGCCUUCCCGCUGCUGCUGCUGCUGCUGGGGUCGCUCCGCAAAGCACAGUUUGCUGGUACUUCGUCAACGACAUGGUGAAUAACUGCAACAAUAUUAAUGGAGGCAAAUGAGUUUAUCAGACCUGUGCGGGGAGUCCUGGCUGAUCGAGCAAAAACAACAAGAGUGAUGCGUCACCAAACUUGUUCAGUGAGCUCCACCAGCCAUGUCUGCAAGUUGUGCGUAUGGUGCCUGAGAAAGAGCCUGAUCUGAAGGUGCUGAAGAUAUAUGUAGCCAAUAGUUAUGCUACAUGUAGCCAAUAGUUUGUUCUAAGUUAUCUGUUCCCUAAGAUAAUUUGCUUCAGCCUUUUGUUGUUGGUUUGUAGUACACCAUAUCAUCUGAUUUUCUAUGUUAAUGUCAUGUAAUGGGAAAGUCGUUUAUAUUCA